CAUUGUCGAUAUGGCAGUUGUUCCUCUGGCAUUUCACAUUUCGUGUUGUUAUCUAUAAUCAUAUGACUUAUGUUUCGUUUCUCACAGCCGACCACACACGAUUAAGUACUUGCCUCAACAUGUUUUCUUAUUUACUAUUGACGGCCUUUCUUGCAGUUAUUUCCUAUACAAACGGAUCUGACGAGAAGCGAAUCCUUCUCAGUGAUCCACAGUACAUACAACAGGAGCUGACCAGAUUCCAGUCAGAACUUCAGGAGAUACAAGUCAAGUACAACACACAGAAUACCAAACUCGCCGAGCUUCAAGUCAAGUACGACACACAGAAUACCAAUCUCACCGAGCUCCAGAAAAAGUAUGACUCCCAAAAUACCAAAGUCACUGAGCUUCAGGCCAAAGUCACCACCUUUGAAAACGCUUUCAUUUCCCAAGGUGACAAGGGAGCCGUCUUGACAAGAUGGGGUAGAAGUGACUGUCCGGCCAAUAUAACUACGAUGGUUUACUCAGGUACUGCUGGUGGGUCGUUUUUUACGCAUACCGGGGCUGCAGCAGAAUACGUGUGUAUGCCUGACGAUCCAAUCUGGGGACCAAACAAGGAUUUAGUGUAUGGCGAAGUUGUCGGAUACAUCUACGGAGCUGAAUACCAAGACCCGGAUACUCUGUUUGGGAUGUCAGAUUACGCAGAGGAUGUACCGUGUGCCGUCUGUCUUGGUGAACAAUACACCGCCUCUCUCAUGAUCCCGGGUAGGACACAAUGCUACCCUGGGUGGACGGAAGUCUAUCACGGUAACCUAGCGUCCGGUUACCAUGGCCACACGGCAGCCUCACAGUACGUUUGUGUUGAUGAGCAUGCACAGGCAAUCCCCGGAGGAGGUACCCACGACGAGGAUGGAAAACUGUUCUACGGCGUGAAGGCUAAAUGUGGAGCUUUGCCUUGUCCGCCGUACGAGGACGGGAAGUUCCUCUCUUGUGUUGUCUGUAUGAAGUGAAAACAUUGUCAAUAUUGUGAAAACACAAAUUAAACUUUCAGUGAAUAUUCCUUUAUAAGUAAUAAUACAGAACGUGAAUAAAGAGCAAACUUGUCUGUGACGUA